CCAAAAAUGAACUAGUGUCAACUAUGAAGGGUAGUGUCAAAGUAGUAGUAGUGUCAACAAAUUUUUUAAAUGAUCUAACCUCACAAAAUAAAUUGAUUCUAUUUUGAUAUUUUCAAAUUAUAGUAUGGAAUUCAAUUUUUUUGUUUUAUCUCCAUCAUUUUUAUAGAAUAUGGACAAAGAGAGUGAUCAUGAUAAAACCUCUUUUUGGAAGAAAAAUGCUAGAACUGUACCUGGGAGGCCUAGUCCCAAAAAAGAAGUGAAGCCUUCAGUUAAGUCCAAACAAAGUGGGAGUACUUCUUUCCAGGAUUUUCAAGCAUCCGUUAGUGAUGCUUGGGAAAUAGAUGAUGAUGACUUCUGUAUCGUUUCAGGUCUUGAGAGUACAAAAAUUUCGAAAAAAGUAUCAGAGUCAGCUGCCAUAAAUGUUCUGAACAGCCAUCGUUUUAUUUCUGACUCUGGAUUACCUGAAAAGCCAGUUGCUACCAUUACUCCCACUACUUCUGAUAGUUUAGAAUCCACGAGAGGCAGUCCUUUUCCUGGUAGACCUCAACAGAUGAGAUGUAGAAAUAUGCCUCAGGAUGAGGAUAAUGAGUCAAAGCUGAAACGCUUUGAGAUAUAUUUGUCUAACACUCCUACUUUACAAGGGUUAUGUGAACUUAGUUGGUCUGGUAUUCCUGUCAAGGUGAGACCAAUUGUAUGGCGUUUGUUAUCAGGAUACCUUCCAAUGAAUUUGGAACGUCGAAACAAUGUGUUAGAACGAAAGAGACAAGAUUAUUGGAGUUUAGUGAACAAAUAUUACUAUGCAGAUCAUGAUGAAAAUGAGCGCGAUAUAAAGCAUCAAAUAAACAUUGAUGUACCUAGGAUGAAUCCAACAGUCCCUCUUUUUCAACAGAAGACUGUUCAGGCUAUUUUUGAAAGGAUUUUAUUCAUUUGGUCUACCCGUCAUCCAGCUUCAGGUUAUGUGCAGGGUAUAAACGAUUUGGUUACACCAUUCUAUGUUGUCUUCUUACAAGAGUAUAUUCCUAGUAACCAACUUUUUGAAACUUUUAAUGUCGAUACACUCAGUGAAGAGGCAUUGAAGAUUAUUGAGGCUGACUCAUUUUGGUGCUUAUCUAAGUUUCUUGAUGGCAUUCAAGACAAUUAUGUAUUUGCUCAAAUUGGUAUUCAAAAAAAAGUUCUUCAACUUGAAGAGCUCAUUACUAGAGUAGAUGAAACUUUACAUCGCCACUUAAAAUCACACAAUGUUAGCUAUUUACAGUUUUCAUUUAGAUGGUUAAACAAUCUUUUAACCCGUGAGCUUCCUUUAAGAUGUACUAUAAGAUUGUGGGAUACAUACUUGGCAGAGAGUGAUAAUUUUGCUUCAUUUCAGUUGUAUGUUUGUGCAGCUUUCUUGUUAUAUUGGAAGGAAGAUUUGAUGCGUCAAAAUGAUUUUCAGGGACUUUUGAUAUUGCUACAAAAUCUGCCUACUCAGGUUUGGUCAAGUUCUCAAGUUAGUUUAUUGGUAGCUGAAGCAUACAAAUUAAAGUACAUGUUCGCAGAUGCUCCAAAUCAUCUUCAAAGUAAUAGAGCAGAAAGUUGACUAGUUUAAUUAUAUGUUUUUUAAGGUGAAUUUUUUUAAAGUUUUGUUAUGUGAAUAUUGGACUUGAAAUAUUUUUAUAAAUCGAUAUGCAAAUGUGAUUCAAAAUAUUUACUCAAAUAAAAUACUUUCAACUUGGAAAAA